CAGUCGAGUCCAUCCUCCCUUUCCUUCCAUCGACUCCUUCGUCCCCUCCCCCACCACUGCCGCGAGGUGCGAACCCGAUCUCGAUCCCCAUGGCGGCGGCCGCGCUCACCUCCUCGCGGCGAGCCCUCCACACCAUCCACCGCCACCUCCUCCUCCGCUCCACCCCCACCCCCUUCCCCUCCGCCCGCGCCCCUCCCACCCCCAUCCCCCGCCACUUCCCCGCCCCUCCCGCCCCCUCCCCCUCCCGCUUCUUCACCACCGCGCGGCCCGGCCUUCCGGCCCUGCCGCAGCAGCACAAGGCGACGCAGCGGCUCGUGGGCGGGGUCAGGCAGUUCGCGAGCGGCGGCGGGGGGGCGAAGCUCGCGCCGCUCGGGCAGGGGGUGAAGGGGCUGGGGCGGCCGGUGGAGGCGGCCAAGAACGCCGCGGCGCGGUACCGGGAGGCCGUGGGGCUGCAGGUCGAGGCCUUCUGGCGGCGCAACUACCUGCUGCUCGUCGGCGCCGGCGGCGUCAUCGUCUGCAUCGCGCUCUGGCGGGUCAUGUUCGGCAUCGCCAGCACCUUCGUCGGCCUCUCCGAGGGCAUGGCCAAGUACGGCUUCCUCGCGCUCGCCACCGCCAUGGUUGCCUUCGCUGGCAUGUACGCACGUGCAAGGUUCACCAUAAAUCCUGACAAGGUUUACAGGAUUGCAAUGACAAAGCUCAAUACAUCUGCUGCAAUCCUUGAAGUGAUGGGUGCACCCUUAGCUGGCACUGAUGUCAGAGCAUAUGUUAUGUCUGGUGGAGGCCCUAAACUAAAGGACUUCAAAUUUAGGGUUGGUGGCAAACGGUGCUUUCUUAUCUUCCCCAUCAAAGGAUCAGAAAGAAAGGGUCUUGUAAGUGUUGAGGUCAAGAAGAAAAAAGGACAGUAUGACAUGAAGCUGCUUGCUGUUGACAUACCGAUGGCGACAGGCCCUGACCAGCGGCUAUUCCUUGUCGGCGACGAGCAGGAGUACAAGGUUGGUGGAGGUUUGAUAUCCGAGCUGCGGGAUCCUAUAGUGAAGGCUAUGGCUGCAGAAAAGGAGUUUGAUUAUCUUGAUGAAAGAGAGGACGCGGAGGAUGAGCGCAGGGAGCGAGAGGAGGCCGAGGAAGAGGCGGCCGAAGCGUUGAGGCGAGAGGAGGACAGAUUACGCGAGGAGGCGAAAGAGAGGCAGCGGCGAGAAGCUGAGAAUCUUGAGAAAGGCAGCUGACCCAAUUGACCACACCGUUUUUUUCUUUGUGUUGUGCAUUUCUCCACUUUACCUCCUCACUCUUACAAUGCGUAGCGAUCAGCAUUUUCGCGGCGACGGAAAGAUUGCAUCUGAGUUUCAGAAAGGUGGUUUCGCCUUUCACAGCGUGUCGAUAGGGUAAUAAAUUUUGGCUGCCCCUCAAAAUGGUUUACUCCGGAGCGCAUUGUGUAAUUUAGUGGCUGCGUGAAUGAAUGAUGGCUGUAGCCUUCCCAUUUUGGUGCCUACUGUACGCUUGCGGUGCUUU